GAAACUUUUUUGCAGUUGUUGAAAAAGGGAAUUAGUAGCCAUCACAGUUGCAGAUGCAACCACAUAUGGGUAUUAGCGGUGGAGGAGGAGGAGGAGGAGGUGGUGGUGCCGGUGGUUUUGAAACCACAAGGCUUUCAAGGUUCCGGUCAGCUCCGGCGCCUUGGUUUGAUUCUCUGCUUCAAGAUGACGAGCUUAUUCCACAAACCCAAUGUCUCUCUCAAGCUCCUGUGAACAGUUCAUCAACACCCAGUUUCAGGAACUCUGAAAAUUACAGUUCUGCCGAGUCUGACCCCAACUUCUUCCAGACCUCCAUGGCUGCUCCUAGUCACAGUUUCUUCAGACAGAACAGUUCUCCAGCGGAAUUUUUUUCUCAGUUGAAUUCAUCUUCAGGUCUUGGGGGUGAUGAAUUCGUUUCAAGUUUUAUGGGUAGUCACGAGUUUCCUCCGUUGCCUGAUUUUACCUCAAAUAAGCGAGGAAGGGAGAGAAAUUCUGAGCAAGAAGCAGCUGAUUUGGCUCAAGUGAGAGGAGAGCACAGUGGCAAUUCCCAAGGUGGGAUGUCUGGUUUCUUGGAUAUGGAGAUGGAGAAGCUUUUUGCGGAUUCUGUUCCUUGUAGAGUUAGAGCAAAGCGUGGCUGUGCGACUCAUCCUCGCAGCAUCGCAGAGAGGGUUCGUAGGACUAGAAUCAGUGACCGGAUAAGGAAGCUUCAAGAGUUAGUGCCCAAUAUGGACAAGCAAACGAAUACUGCAGACAUGUUGGAGGAAGCAGUUGAGUAUGUGAAGCUCCUACAGAAACAGAUUCAGGAACUCUCUGAGCAUCAGAGGAAAUGCAAGUGCUCAGGUAGAGAAUAGUCAGAAGAGAUAUAGAGCAGUGUUUUUUUGUCAAUCCUCUAGUCUAAAUACCCGAGGAUAAUCGGGACUUGUUAUUAUUCUCAUCUCCCAAAAUCCCAUCUUCUUGUCAUGGGACUUCCAAUCAUCUGUGUGAAAUUCUUCAGCAGUUGUAGAAGUAGGAGCUGGUUGGACAGAAGACCAUGAUGAAGAUGAAAUGCUUGUUAAAGACAACAGCUAGAACUUAAUUUUCUCUAAGCUACAGAAUUUGAAAUUUCUGGAUCUUUAUGAAUGUGAAAUAUUUCCCAUGUAUCAUCACUAAAUUAACUAACAGCAGAUCUUCUUC